GGUUACACAAGGAGGUGACGUCAGUAAUGUCGGGUCAUCGGUCUGCAUAACUUCCUGGUUUUGUGUUCCACGACUGACGGGCCAAAUACGACAUGGCUCUAAACAAGAACCACUCUCAGAAUGGGGGAGUCAUUGUUAACAAUGGAGAGAGUAUUCUUAAAAUGUGCAAAGAUGUGGAACUCACAUUCAGUGACAUGGCUUACAAGAUGGACGCAUUUAAAGGCACAAAAAAGGGGUUACUGUAUCUCACCCCAUUUAGGGUAAUCUUUGUGAGCAAAGGAAAGGAUCCAAUGAUGUCAUUUAUGAUGCCUUUCUACUUGGUGAAGGGAUGCUCCAUUGAACAGCCUGUUUUCUCUGCAAACUACAUCAAAGGAACAAUAAGUGCAGAACCCGCUGGUGGAUGGGAAGCACAGGCAUCCUUUAAACUUACCUUUAACAGUGGAGGCGCAAUUGAGUUUGGGCAGCAAAUGUUUAAAUUUGCAACCAAUGCUUCCAGAGCACCCCAACCACCUAAUGUUGGAUACGGAUACACCCCUACUGCUGUUCCAGGUGCUUAUGGACCUGGUGGAUAUCCCCCUGCCCCAGGAGGAUAUGCACCUGCACCUCCAGCUGGACCUUACCCAUAUGUACCCCCUACCAUGAAUGGAUAUGCUCCAGCACCUCAGCCUAUGGGAUAUCCAUAUGCUCCACCUCCAGGUCCUGGCAUGUAUCCACCUGAGUUGAACCCAAUGUACAUGGCACCGCCACCUCCUUACCCAGGACCUCCAUACAACGCAGCCCAAGCGCCUCCUGGCCCUACUGUUUGGUCAGAACCUGGUAUGCUAGGAAAUGGCAAGGCAGCAGAAGCUGCUUCCAGCGCCUAUUACAACCCAGCAAAUCCUCAUGAUGUCUACAUGCCUAUGGAACGACCCCCUCCAUAUGCACCUACAGAUGACAAGAAGACAAACUAGUGGGACAUAGUCCUGAGCCUGAUGACAUGUGGACUCUUCUUUAUUUAGAUAUCUCUGUUUUCAGCUCUUUAUAACAGCGGUCACGCUGUUGGCAUUCCUAGGACAUUACUAACUGGUAGAAAUCAAAGUUAUUUGCAGAGAGGCUAGUCAUAUAUACCAUAUUGUGAUUUGAAACCUUAAAAACUCUACCUGCCUCCAGUGUUUUUAUAAGACAAGAAGAUGUCAGAGAAAAUGUGUUGUUUUAUUUUUUAUUUUUUUCUUUGCCCAGGAUAUAAUGUGUCGAGUGAUUUCAUUCUAAAGUGUAUAUAGCAUGUCAGCCUACUUUUGAGAAAGGUGUAAAAAUAUUCUCCAUCAGAGAGAAUGGAAGGAAAGAUGUAAUAUGAGAGAGCAGUGUGUGCUAUGGACUUGUCCUGCUGGUUUAUGUCAGCAAAAAAGAUCUAUAUGCACAGACUUUAAGUUUUAGAAAGUAUUAUAGCUUUCUUCUAACCCAGGUGUGUGUGUGUGUGUGUGUGUGUGUGUGUGUGUGUGUGUGUUUGUACAUAGCUACUAUAGUUACGUUGGUUCCAAAUCUACUACUCUACAACCUCUUUAUUACCUUUUUAAUAAAAGUUGGAUUGGAUGGAAAUGUUAUUGACAUAACUUUUCUUUUUGUGGUUGUCUACAUUGCACAUUUGUUACCUGUUGCUGGAUUUCCUGUGGCAAACACCACUUGUAUUGACUAGUGAGUAACUACCUUUAGCUACAUCUAUUUGCAGCGAAAUUGGAUUUUUUUUUCAAGGGCUAAAUCUGAACCACUACACUGUAUACAUAUAUAAAUAUAUUCUAUAUAAAACAAAUGUGUAUAUACACUUAUUUUUGUGUUUACCUAUUCAAUCCAAGUAUUUUGUAAGAAGCGUAAUAUUAGUAUUUUAAAUAAGACUGUAAAUUACAGGUUGCGUUGUUUCGGAAAAUUUCAUUUUGUUUAGUCAUAGCACAGCAACACAGAAUAGAAGGAAAGUGUUUUUUCACAUAACCAAUGGGGUGAAUUGAAAAAGUUUUGUACCCGUUUUAAUCUGUAAAAUAAAGCUUCCAUAUAGUGAA